GUCCCAACUACCAUCACCAAAUACUGUAUCAACUACUACAAAUACACUCCACAAUCAUGCCUAUCGCACGCCGCCAAGCUCCCCGUACCACCCGUACUACACGCUCUGCCGGACGCCCCUCACUCAAAACCCGUCUGAUGGGAGGCGGCCGCACGACACGCUCUAAGCGUACUCCUGGCACUACAACCACCACUACCACUACCAGGACAACCCGCACCACGGGUGGCCGCGGCCGCACAACCGGUGGCUACGGCCGUACCGCGCCCGUCCACCACCACAAGCGCCAUGCCACCAUGGGCGACAAGGUCAGCGGUAUGCUCAUGAAGCUCAGGGGCUCAUUGACCCGCAAGCCCGGUCUCAAGGCUGCUGGUACCCGCCGCAUGCAUGGUACCGAUGGACGUAAUGCCCGCCGCGUGUACUAAGUCUGUCUUGAUUAGAAUACCGACAUGAUUUUCCUUUGUUUGUAUAACACUCUGUCACGAUUGUACGAUAGGAGAGCAGAUACCCGAUGUCCUGAGCGUUUUGCUUGUAAAUACAAUAUUUGAAGUUGAAAAUUUUAUUAU